UCAAAUGUGUGUACUUAAGUGAUAUACAGGCACUAUUUAAAAAAAAUCGAAUUACCUUUAUUCAUGUAGUUUACUCCUCUCUCUUUCCCUAUGCGUGUAGAAGUAGUACCAUAACCUGUCUGGUGUAGGCCUAUUCAAAGCUCUGAAAAUCCGUAUUCUGUUAUCUUGAUAUUGUGGUAUCUGGAUCAGAACGAUCCGAUUUUUAUUUUCUGAGAAAGUUUUAACAGCCACAUCGAUCUGAUCCUGGAUAGCAAAAAAGAGGAUCACAAAAUCCAGAUAAUUCUGAUCCAGAUUAAACGUUUUGAAAGAAUGUGCCCUCUAGAUCAAAAAUAAAUCGCCCCUGGUUACCAACUGAAGCAUCCCAUUGGAUAAUACAUUACCCAAAUUAUACAGGCCACUCAAACCAGGAAGUUGCCACCUCUCCCCCGAGUUGACACCUUUUGGUCUACUCAGUCAGAGAAACAGUUUGCAUCUGAACACCAGGUUGGAAGGACAUUCACUUUUAGCUCUGACAUGCUAGAUCAGGUAGUGCUCAUUGCAGGAGUAACUGUGCUAGGUGUGUUAGAGCAAGCUUACUUCUCUCUACAGGUGAUAUACGCCAGACGCAAGUACUCUGUCUCCCCACCCAGCACCUCAGGACCCCCAGGGUUUGACAGGGUCUUCAGAGCUCAAGCCAACUGCUCUGAAUAUUUCCCAAUCUUCAUCACCAUACUAUGGGUGUCUGGACUCUUCUUCAGCCAAGGUCUGUCAGCACUAUGUGGACUCCUAUACCUGUACGGGCGCUACCUGUACUUCAGGGGCUAUGCUAAAUCGGCACAUGGCCGACUAGCCCCUCUGUAUUUCAGUGCCAAGGUUCUGUGGGUUCUGAUUGGGUUCUCCACCCUGGGGAUUCUGGGUUCUGUGUGUCGGUUCUACCUGGAUCUGGACCUGACGCAGCUCGCCAGCUCUGUCCUCGGCCUGACUGAGGAGGGGGGGGAGCUAUAAGGGAUGAGCAGGAAGAGAAGAGAUUAAAGGAGAGAUUAUGGGAUACACUAACAAAAAUGUAGACAAGCUACCUUCGUUGCCAAAUCAAGACAACUAAAUGUGACUGGUUGAUUGAAGUAGGGAAAUAUGUGUUCCAACCAUGAGCUGCAGAUUUGAAAUAAUACAUGUGUCCGGUCUAGGCCUAUUGUAGGCUAUUUUACGAACUGCUUAUGUGCCAUUUGCGGGUAUCUAAUGGUUAAAAAAUGAAUAUGUUUAUCUUUCUAAUGCUGUUAACUGUAUGUCUCAACUCAUAUUAUUAAGUGGAUUACACCCUGUUAAAACGGGAGUGAGCAGUGAUAUUGAUUAGAAAGAAGCACCUGUUUCGGUAGCGCGAGUCGCAGCUCAAAUUGCGCUUGCAGUCCUUCAUUUAGCAAAUCACCUUGCAACUCCGUUAGGCCUAAGUGUUUUUCAAUUUAGACAGAGAAUAUAGGCAUACACAUUUUAUUUAGUUGUCCAAUGUGCUAACUGACUGUAGUGUGCUAGCUAGCCAGUGUGUUUACAGUUUCAUUAAUUUGCCAUGAGAAAAAGGCUUCUGGAAAAA